GAAUAAAAAAUUAUAAAUCUUAUGUUUUCAGACAAUAUCAUCAUGGCAUUCAAAUACAACAGGAAAUGGAAAUUCCGACGAUGAUUUUAAUUUUGCUGACUUUGCAAUGACCGAUGAUGAAAUUGAUCAAAGAAUGGAAACUAGGGAACAGAGACCAGCACGCAUUUUGAGACAAAGCAAAGUGAACAUUUUAGAAAACGUCUUAAUGAAAUCGGGUAAAGGCACAGAACAACCCCAAAAAAAAACGGAAGUCGAGAAGGAUACUUCAGAUGCCGAAAACAAGGAUGCAGUUCUGGAUUUGCCGGAGAUAAAAAAAAUUACACAAGGCUCAUUGGAAGAGCAAACAAUUGAAACUUCGACGUUUUAUAACAAGAAGGUCUCCAGUUGUCUGCGAAAAAGGAAGUUGUGAUUUAUAAAAGCCGC